AUGAACGGGAGCGAAUCAUCAGAGAAGACACGGACACAUGGAUCAUCGGCCACCCGUCUUCGCCGUGUGCUUUGCAGUACCCCGAUCUCGUCGAAAAAGUGGCAAAAUGUUGACCAGUGGGGCGUGCUGGCGUGCUUUUCCAGGCUGUUGAAAAACUUGAAAAUCAGUCAUCGCGCCGAUGUGACCAGGAAAAACACGGCUUAA